CGGACCCCCUCGAAACAAUAACGUCAGUCCAUCGAUCGUGGCUUCGAUUCCCCGUGCCUGCCUGGGUCUAUCCAGAGUACCCAGCCUGCUCAUGCCGGCACAGUUGUAUAUAACUCCUGCCUCUCCCCUUUCCAACACUCGGACUUUCUCACGAUCCAUCUUCAUCCCAUACAUCACGGCUUCACUCCUCGACCCAAGACCAUCAUACCAGUCUCCCCUGUCCGGUCUCUUGCACACUCCUGCACCUAUACACCUAGUCUCUCACUCCACUUCUCUCCACACUCUUCACUCACACGCCCAUCACCAUGGCGAGCACAGACAAGAAGGCCGUCCACUUCGGUGCCGGCAACAUCGGCCGUGGCUUUGUUGCCUGCUUUCUCCACGAGUCUGGCUACCAUGUCACGUUUGCCGAUGUCAUGGACGACAUUGUAAACAAGCUCAACGAGACUCCCUCAUACAAGGUCAACGAGGUCGGCGUUGACGGUGGAGACACAAAGACCAUUACCAACUACCGUGCCAUCAACUCCAAGUACAACGAGGCUGAGCUCAUCGACGAGAUUGCCACUUCUGAGGUUGUCACCUGCUCGGUCGGACCCAACAUCCUCAAGUUCAUCGCCCCCGUCAUUGCUAAGGGCAUCGACAAGCGUUCGGAGGAUAUGAAGCCUCUCGCUGUCAUUGCCUGCGAGAACAUGAUUGGAGCUACCGACGCCCUCGCCGAGCACAUCAAGAAGAACAGCCCCCAGGACCGUCUUGACACCCACCACCUCCGCGCAGCCUACGCCAACUCUGCUAUCGACCGCAUUGUCCCCGCUCAGGAUCCCAACGCUGGCCUCGAUGUCACUCUUGAGCAGUUCUACGAGUGGGUCGUUGAGGAGCCCCCCUUCAAUGGCUCUCGCCCCUCAAUCGACGGCAUCAAGUGGACCGACAACCUUAAGCCCUUCAUUGAGCGCAAGCUAUUCACAGUCAACACGUCUCAUGCCACUGCUGCCUACUUUGGCUACAACCGCAAGAAGAAGACUGUUGAUGACGCCAUGCGGGACAAGGCCAUCAAGGCUCAGGUCGAGGCCGCCAUCACUGAGACCGCCUCCAUCAUUGUCAAGAAGCACGGCAUUCCGCAAGCCGAGCAGGACGCCUACAAGGCGAAGAUUAUCAAGCGUAUCAGCAACCCUCACUUGGCCGAUGCUGUCGAGCGCGUUGGUCGUGCUCCUCUCCGCAAGCUUGGCCGCAACGAGCGUUUCAUCGGCCCGGCCUUCGAGCUUGCUGAGGAAGAUAUGACAUGUACUGCCCUUCUCGAGGCGGCUGAGAUGACUUUCCGCUUCCAGAACGUGGAAGGCGACGAUGAGAGCAAGGAGCUUGCCACCAUCAUGGCCGAGAACAGCGCCGAGCAGGUUGCGGAGAAGGUCUGUGGGCUUAAGUCUGCGGACAAGCUGUUCCCCAAGGUUGUCGAGGUCAUCAAGAAGGUCCAGGCCGACAUGGAGGAUUGACUGGCCGACUCGAAGUCUUCUUUUCACACGAAGUUAUGAAUUAGGCGCAAACUGGUAGCGACUGCUUUUUUACCGGGACAUGGCAUGAUACAAGGCGUUGGUGUCUGAUACACCGGGUCAAAUACCCACAGGGUCGGAACUUGAUUUAGGGAGAUAGCCAUUGCAAAAAGUUCAAUUGGACUUGAGAAUCAAAGAUCUCAACCCAUCA